CCCGGAAAUACCGAGCAGAAGUUCCUCCUGCGCUUCCUGUCCGCUUAAUCCACUUGUUGAGGAGAGCCGGAGGAGCCGCAUGGUGGAAACAACUUUUAACCUUUUGGGCAAGACUCGGAAAAUGACGCAAAGUGACGGGUGAGAGCGGGGUUUCUACAAGUUUCAAGCAGCGCCGCGGGAGUGUGAACGAUGUCCGGGCUGAGGGGAGUCGGGCUGCUCGGCGCCUCGGUUGCACUCGCCGGAGGACUCGCCUAUGCCAUCUGGAGCUAUGCAUCCUCCACUCCGGGGGGGAGGAAGGAGGAGAAGGAGCCGGAGCCCGAAACAAAGCCGGAGGGAGACAACGGAGCAGAGCAGGAGGAAGGAGGAGGAGGAGGAGGAGGAGGAGAGACGGAGGGAGCAGAAAGUGUUGUGGCCGCUGCAGCCGCGCCUGUUGCCGCAGAGACGCCGAGAGACACUGAGUCCCGGCCUGUGGAGAGAGGGACGCAGGUCCUGGUUCUGGGUCUGGACGGAGCCGGGAAGACCAGCCUGCUGCACUGCUUCGCCACCGGCGUCCUGGAGCAGGACGUGCAGCCGACGCAGGGCUUCAACGCCGUGUCCAUCCACCGAGAGGGCCUGCAGAUCGAGUUCCUAGAAAUUGGAGGCCGGGAGCACCUGCGGCCGUACUGGCAGCGCUACAUGUCCAAAGCUCUGCUGCUGGUGUUCGUGGUGGACUCGUCCCGGGCCGAGCUCUUCCCCCUGGCCAAGACACAUCUGCACGAGCUGCUGGCCUCCGACCCCCAGCUGCCUUUAGUGGUGCUGGCCAACAAACAGGACCUUCCGGGAGCCUGCAGCAUCACCGACCUGCAUGACGGCCUGUCGCUGGCCGAGGUGGGAGACCAGCGCAAGCUCUUCCUCAUCGGCACCCACGUGAGGAGGGGCGACGCGGAGCUCAGCUCAGGCGUGCAGGACGCACGGGACCUGAUCGCCCAGAUCGUGUCUGACGGCAGAUAAAACGUGCACGCCCUGGCCGAGUCCUCCGUUAAGACCUCGGCCUGUUGGUGAUCGCCACUUAAUUUGUAUUUUUUGGUGUCGCUUCGUUAAGCACCUUUUCUGACUCUCCCGUGGGUUUCAUUACAUCUGGCGAAAUCACACCGACCUCAGGUAUUUGGCUACAAACGUAAUAUUUUAUUCUCGUUCUGGUAUCUUGAAUAGAGCUUAUAUCAUAGUUACAAUUCUGAAAGUGCGAGCUCUCGGACUGAAGAGCAUUCGAUAAGCUACAGAUCAUUGUAUCAUGGUAAAUAUGGUACCAUACAUUUGACGUUCUGUUACUAAAUGACCAAAGAUUAAGUUCAGAUUUUCAAACUCCUGGUCAUUUUCGGUCUUAAUGUACGACGGUGUAUAAGGGCCAUUGUAGGGGGGAAAUUAAGGAAUCAUAACUUUAUGAGAAAAAACUAUAAAAUCAAAAUGUUUUUUUCUGAAUAGGCCCGAUUCAUGACAGGAUGCUGAUGAUGACAUUGUGAUUCUGGGUUAAAAUCACCAGGAGCAGCAGCGUCUGCAUUGUGCAAAAAAAAAAAAAAAAAAAAAAAAAAAAAAA